CGACUUGGUCAUGAGCUGGAACGAGCCGCUGAAGAGCAGCGAUGGAAGGACAGAGGAGACGCCACGAGGCGAUGCCAACGUGGCCGAGGCCUUCAGGCGGGCAGCGCAAAGUCUGAAGAUUGUAGAUUGGGGUCUGUUUCAGUAGCUCGUACGCAUGCUAUUGACCUCUUGUUCGCAUUCCUUAGAGGAUGGACAAAGGCCAGAUGAUUCUCAAAUGGCCAUCGCGCCGAGUCGACCGACUGGCCGCGCGAGCGGAGCACGGAAGGCCAAUCGAUGGCGGCCGGGCGCUCCGAUGCAACUCAUUGAGGCGAGUACGGCUAGGGCGGUCUCAGGCUGCGCACCUACGCCCAUUCGCGAGGCGAGGCAGGCGAAGAGGGCGAAACGCGAGAGGGGCUUUUCAGUGUUGGAAGGUCAUCAAGGAACGAGCAGCCGUCCUUGGCGAAUGGCAGGCGAGGCAAAGGGUAGAUAGAUUGGUUCAUGGAAGCCACUCAAUGCGAGCCAUUGGUCCCUUUCCAUUCUCUUUUCGUCUUGACUAUCGUCAAUAUCUCCCUCUUCGCUCCUCACCCUUUCCUUCAUCGUCACCGUCGCCCCCGAUGGGUCGCUCUCAUGUCACUCUCUUCUCACUUGCACAGUGCUUGGCUCUGCUUCACGGUAACAAUGUCGCGGCCACGCCUCUCAUUUCUGCCAAUGGUGCGCCUCAGGGAGGCGGUGGAGCUGCAGCGACGCAAAAUGACCCCUCUCUCAUUGACGUGACAUCCUCCUCCUUCGGCGGCUCAAGAAAUAGCCAGGGCGUUGGCGGGGGCCUCGCCGGCUCCGUCGAGAUUUGCGUAGCAGGGGAUGUCGUCUGCCUAGGUGACGCGGGAGCCGUUGCUGCUGGGGUGCUGGGCAAUGAAGCUGUUGGCGAAGGGAAAGCUACGGGAGCCAAGGGUACGCAGGGGAGCGUAGCCCAAGCUGAGGUCCACGGAAAUGGAAUCGCUGCGGCUGAUGCGGCGAACCUCUGCUUGAUUGGGAACUGCUUUGGCGGUGGAGGGGCGCUCGGGUUGGGAGAUGCUGAGGCGGGAGCCGUUGGGGGGGCACUUCACCCCUCAUCUGCCAGCAAGGUGGCAGCAGCGGCGAGCACUGCGGCGUCGUCAUCGUCAUCGACGAGCAGCGUAGUCAAAGCGGGAAGCACGGCGUCAUCAUCCAAGGCUGCAGUUCCGACGUCGACUUCAGGAGCGGCGGGGGCGGUAGGAUCGGCAGCAUCAAAUGCGAAGGGGAGUGCGAAUAACAGCGCUCAAGACGCGGCUCAUGGUGCUCAUGGUGCUGCACAGGGUGCCUCUCAGGCUCAAGGCGGUGGUGAUGGAACGGGAAAAGCACGUCGAUGCAGGAGACGUCUCGACUCAGGCACGGACAAGAGCAUCUGAGACGGAGGUUUCGAAGGCGUGGAGGAUUCGCACUCUCGUUCUUUCGACUACGUAAUGGAUCAUGCUUAAUGUAGACUGAUCCGGUGCUCGGAGUGAGCGCGAUGGCUCCUGGCACGUUGUGACUCGUCUUGAUGGGCU